AAAAAGUUCAGAAAAAUAUCAUGGAUUGUCAGGUUGUUGGUUUAUUUUCUGUUGAGAUGGAAAAACAUGGCAACGAAGGUAAGGAGAAGCUCAGCCAUCGAUGACGUCACAGCAGUGUCAAAAUUGACAACGACGGAAGUGACGACACUUUAGCGCAUGCGCGGUCUGAUAGAGUUGACAGGUGGAUAGUGGAGCAAGUAGGAGCGACAAGACAAGCUGACGGUUAAGUUUAAAGCCAUAAAAAGAGAAAUCAUGACUGUCUGUAAGUAUUUCAUGCAAGGACGUUGUCAAUAUGGUGUUAAAUGCUGGAACGAGCACCCGGUUGGAGGAGGAGGAAGAGGCUAUAACCGCUCUACCUCUCAACAGCACUCCAGAGGAGAUACAGGUAAGAUAUGUUAUGUAUAUAUAGUUGUAUUUAAAACAAAUAGUUGGGCGCUCUUAGGGUCAGUGUAUAGUUUGGUAAUUGAUAUUUUCGUUUAAUGAAUAGGAAUUUUUAAGAAAGAAAAAAAACAAUUGCUUUAUUUCAAUCUAAUUUUGUAAUAUGUAAAUGUUCAAUUGAACAACGUAGCUUUCUUUUUGUUCGUGUCGAAAAACAAGUAUAUCCAAGGACUGAUUGAUUAUCACUUUAUAGUUUAUAUGGCAAAAAUAAAAAUCAUCAGUUACUAAAUUAUUAUAACGUAAUUAACGGACGUCUUUUUCAAAUUCGGGAACCGGAAGUUGCUGUUUAAAUACACGACAGCUGAUUGGCCUCUAGGGGGGAAGAAAACUGAUUAUCCGUUUGCGCAUGCGCUGAAAGUCAGCAACUUCCGUUUUACAGGUUUAACUUUUUACAAGGGUUGGCAAAUAUAUCAACUAAACUCAAAUAAUCAACAACUACUCCUUUAAAAUAAUGAUUUGUUAUCCAUCUAAAUCGUACAUUGCUAAUUGCCUAAAUAUUAGGUAGAAAAUGAUUAUGUCAGAAAAUGGUUUAAGUACACUUUAAGCAGGAUAGAAUGCAGCUGAGAUAGACUCCAUCAAUCCCCGCCUAUGACCCCAAACGAUUGAUGGAUGGAAUGAAUAUGUGUCUCAACUGCAUGUUAAGACCAAAGAAAAUUUGAUAAACUGGGUUUGCAAUAUUUUCCCUCAAAAAAGUUUAAAGAGCAAUGUUUGAUGUGAAGUAAUUAAGGCCUUAUUAAUCAUUCAUAACAACAUUGCUUUUGGUUCAGUAUAGUUUUUUAAAUAUUGACAGUUUAUUAAAAAAAAACUGUUUAAAGGUAUUUUUUUUUACUUUCCAUGCUUGAAUCUCUUGAUCAACUUCCAUGCUUGAAUCUCAUGAUCAACUUACAUACGUAUAAAAAAAAAAAAAAAUAUAUAUAUAUAUAUAUAUCUUUAUUUUGCCCUUGUUGGGAAAUCUGUCGCAGGCUGUAAAAAAAAGUUAGCUGCGGGCCGCAAAUGGCUUUUGGGCCACACUUAGGAUGCCUCUGCUCUAAAGUAUUUGAAUAUAUUCUUUAGUUUCAAAAAUACAUUACCACUGACAAUCAAUUUGGUUUUAAAACGACUAACCAGUUCAAAGGAUUUAAACUUGUAUUUAUCAUUACUGUAGAAUUGUUUAUCAUUGUUCUGUAAGUUGAAAAUAAUAAGUUUAUCGUACAUAAACAAACAAAACAAUUGAAUGGACUCAUAAAUGUAAACAUAAAUUGUACCUAAAUAAAUAUAGAAUAUAAAAAUAGGGUGCUUAAAAAAGAAAUGGUGUCCAGAAGGUCUGCUGUGGAGAGGUCCAGUGUCUUCAGCGAUGGUGGGGGCGGGGGUCCAAUGCAUCUCUGAUUUCACAGCGAUCAAAUGUAUCACUGAUUCAUGUAUCGUUUUAUCUGCGCUUCUCUCGGAUGAUAUCAUUGACAGCUUCACCUGUUGGGACGUACACACAGCGUGGAAAUCAAAUGAAGGCCCACCCAAGCAGGCCAGUUGCCACGCUAAUGCGGGGAACGCCAAGACGCCGCUGAAAUGAGAAUGGCCGGCGGCUUUUCUUCCGGCAGCUUCUUUGCCGGCGGAAGCGUCUUCAUGGACUUUUGAGGCAUGAAGGCUGGCGGAUUUUCGGGGUGGCUGGUGAGGGCAUAGAAACAAGGUUCCGGUGAAUCCCUCUCACCAAAAAGGAGGACUUAGCCAGCAAGUGUCCUCCCGUUGUUUCAACCGUGGGCAUCAACCGCGGGGACGAUGAACAGGGUGGAAGAGGAGAAGGAGACAGAGGACCAGCACCGGGUGAAGAAGAUGAAGAGCAAAAACUGGAGAUCAUUCAGACUCAGAGUGACAUGAUGGUUUGGGAGAGCUCAGACCAGUCAAGCUUUUCCUGUUCUAGCGGCUCCAAGGCACUGUUUUCUGGGUUUGCAGACAUAUCUCCAGAAGAGCAGAGGUUUGAAUAUUACUCCACCAAGAGUUACCUCGAUGGCAUCAGCUGGCUGCUCAUUCAGUGGGGAGACCGAAUGAAUCAAUCUACUCGUGCAGCUUUGAUUGCAGAACUAAGAUAUCCAGCGCCUCGGACCUUGUCAAGUGGCUUUGGCUCAGCACCUGCUGGAUGUGGCAAUAAAGGGUUUGAGGCCGAACCACCAGCCCAAGCAACUAAUAUCAGUUUAGCUUCUCCAGCGAGUGGAUUAGGCUCUCCACUGGCCCCAACAUCUCCUCCAGGUUUCAGCGGCGCCAUCCCAGCUGUGACACAACCGCCCUCCGGGUCAGACGCCACGCCGUCUACAAGUUCCGAUGCCCCUCCAGGUUCCCCCUUCCCCCGCUCGUCUGGCGAAAAACUUGCGGCUCCAUCUUCGGGGACAGGUUCCUCCUCCGCAGCCGAGACCAACAAAGCGAUGGAGAAGUCCGGCGCACCUGCAGGAAAUUUGCCAGGACAGGUGCGUGCGGUGGAAACCUCAGGCGGUCUUUACUCCCUUGAGAGCGAGCUAACCCAGGAGGAGAUAGAUCAGUUCAAAGCACAAAUGUUCACUUUGGGUCUGAUUCCUCUGAAGCUGCCUCCUGCUGCAAUGCUUGCCAUUUAAUGCUUAAAUGUAUUUAUUUAUUUUUCAUAAACAGUUUUUAUUCAUUCAAGUUGAUGCACAUAUAGAAAUAUUUAUAACAAACCCCUCACUCCCCACACUCCAAACAGUCCUUGGACAAAUUAAAUGCACAUUAAAAAAAUAAAAAGUGAAUAAAAAAACUA